CCGAUGCUUGGUGACGUCUGCCUGCCUUCAUGGAGGAAAGACAAAGUGGAGCAAACUUUUGAUAAGCCUACUGGACCAAGCGCAUCCCACAGAGCUCCUAGCCUCCUACUCUUCCUCUCAUCCCUAGGGAUGUUUCUGGCGAGUGGACAUCAGCGGUGUUUGCCUCCUGCCUUCCUAUCCCUCUCUGAGCCUCCACACCCGGCGGAUUCAGCGCUGUCAUCCUUCACCCUCGUGGCCUCGUCGUGGUGUUCUUCCGCUAUUUCAAUGACUUGUACUUAAAACCAUGGCUUCUAGAGUUACCUUCUCCUCUCCGCACCACACUGUCAACUCUCGUCACAACUAUGAUCUGUGCCAUGGAAUGGACGAGCCACUGCAAGGCGACCGAGUUUUAGCCUUGAUGGGUUCAUACGUCGACGGUGGCUUGAUGCUGUCGCCUAUCACCUGGACGAAGCCCAGAUACCAGUGGUGUGAGGGAACGAGUGUGGCUGGAAGUCCAAAACCUUCGCGUUAUCUCCUCGUGGAGCCUCUUUAUGUGCGUGAUUCCUCGCCUGCCGGUGGCCACCAGAGAAGCAAAGAAGCGCAAGAUUUCCUUUACGUCACAGACAGGAGAGGCUCGAUAAGAAUACCAGCCACUGCCUUUAGAAGGGGCAACUUCGCUCGCGCUGGCGGCGCUCAAGAGACUACUGACAGCAACACUCACAGAAAUACUAGCAAAGGUGGCGUAGACUCUAAGUGGCACUUCACUGUGGACGUGAAAGACUGCAGUGACGUGCAUGUGUCGAUCGAUGGAGACAAACUGACGGUGGAGGGCAAUGGUUUCAAUUGCGACUGUAACUAUCAAAAGUCGGUACGGUACGAGACCAUCCUGCCCAGCCAUGUGAGACAAGAUAAGCUCACCGCCAAGCUCUAUAAAGGCCGCCUCACCGUGGUCCAGAGGUUGGUGGCAGAGGACUUAGCGGGCCCUAUCCAAGUGCAGGUGCAACAGGAGUCAGUGGCUAAAAAGAAAGAGCAGCAGAAUCAACAACAGGAAUAACUACCAGAUCAGCAACAACAGCAGCAGCUGCAACAAAAGCAACAACAAAAAAGAACACCAACAGCAGGAAUAAUUCUGACAUAAAAAGUUUCUAACUGAUUCAUAUGGAAUUCUUUAGAUCAACCAAUAUUUGAUUGAGUGAUUGAUUGAUUAACUGACUGAUAUCCCUCAUCAUCAUACAUAAUGAUAUCAAAUAUAUGUAGGACAUGUAUCGACUAAUAAAUUGAACCUUGAGG